AUGGAUCCUCCGCUCACGACGGUACAAGCUAUUUGCCUAUACGUCAUUGUUGGCCCCAGCGAGAUCUGGACAGGCCUCCGCAACGGAUCGGUCCAGCAGAAAAUCAGGAACAAGCUCAAGCAAAUUGCUAGGCCCAUCACGGAGUACAGAGAGCAGCAGACCCCAAGAUCCUUCAGCGCUAGUCAUCGUCGCUCGCUGACUAUUUCAGAGUCGGAUAGUGGUGCUGGGAGAACGGACAGUCAGGCUCAGGCGUGGCUCUUCAGGUGCCCCCGUGAAAUAAGGGACAUCGUCUAUUUGGAGGUCCUGCGCGUUCCGAAUCUGCAUAUCUGGAGGAGUGAGGGCAGGGUGCAUGUCAGCCGGUGUCGAGUCGGAGACAGCACGGCGAUCGAUAUCUACGACGGCUUCGACGCGGGCUUCGACCAUUUCCUCCCAGAAAGAACCCCCUGUGCGGACAGCGACAUGCAGUACGCGGUCUUAGGGCUGCUGUGUAGCUGCCGACGGAUCUACACCGAAGCCGUCCAGCUCCUGUUUGAACAGAAUACAUUCCAUGCCAGCCACCGCACGUUGAAUGUACUCCCGCAGGCUAUGGCCCCAGGCAGACUCGCGUCUAUUCGGACUCUCCGAGCCUACGUCCCUCUCUCAGACUCCGAACUUGCCACAUGGAAGCGAGCAAGUGCAGUGUUGAAGAGAAUGUCCGGUCUACGGAGCUUGCACGUGUCGUUCGGCCCCUCGUGGGUGCGUAGCCUCGGUCUCGAUGCAAUGCCCCUUGUAGAACCACUAUUAAACCUCUGUGUGGCGGACUUCGCGGUGCAGCUUCUGGAUGGCAUGUUGGUCGAUGGGUUGAAGGUGGAGGAAUGGCUCUGGCGUUCUGAUCUGCCGUUCAGGGUUGUACUAAGAAAGCGAUGGAACUAUAACUACUAA